UACAUCAAAUAUAUAUAUAGAAAAAAACUUAUCAAUGGGAUCUUUCAAGUCUCUGGCAGCCGUUCUCAGUGUCCUUUUCCUAGCCAUGACUGCUAUAGAAACUGGACCGGUGGUUCAAGCCCAAGAAUGUGGCAACGAUCUAGCAAAUGUGCAGGUGUGUGCCGCCAUGGUGCUCCCGGGUUCAGGCAGACCGAAUUCAGAAUGUUGCGCUGCACUUCAAUCAACUAAUAGAGAUUGUUUAUGCAACGCUCUCCGUGCUGCCACCUCUCUUCCUUCGCUUUGUAACCUUCCUCCUGUGGAUUGCGGUAUAAGUGCUUAAUAAGUUGAGCUAAACGAGUCAAUUCUAAGACGAUCGAGGGAAAUUGGAAAAAAUCAAGAAUAAUGAAGAAUAAUGAAGAAAUAUUAUAGUUUUUCUGUUUGGUUUAAUAGAAAUAUUAUAGUUUUAUGUGUGUGUUUUUUUCUGGCUUCUGCAUUUUCUAUAGUAAUACAAUUAAUAAAGUCGUGGUAGUUAUGCUUGAAUAUUUAUGUACUAGUGUAAUAAAAGCUAUGCUAAUU